UGUGCUUGCACAGUGUUUGCAGUGUGUUCCUUCACCAGCAUGAUGAGUCUAACCAAUGCUUUAGAGCAGGAUGGCUUCAUCUCUGGAUACAUGGGCUUCUAUCUGAAAAUGGGUGAACCUCAUCUCAGUUCUGCCUACGCUGUGAUGAUGUGCUACUGGGAAGGUGUUGUUCACGUUGUCCUCUUCCUCUUUAUGAUCCACAGCAUGUUCAAAGGAAAGUCAUAUCGUAGUUUGGGGUUGUUAUGGACAGGGUCCUCCAUCGCUCACCAAAUCGUUCUCAUCCCUGGAGUGGUCAUUGGCAAACAUGGCUCAAACAUUCACUGGGCCUUUUGGAGGAACGUCCCUUUCUUUCUGUUGCCUUUCUGGGUGGCCUCCGGGCUCUUUAAAAGAACCAGACAGGUGCCAAUUCUGACAGCAGACAAGAUUUCUGCAGAGCAGAGGAGAGGUUUGUUGUCUCGUCCCAUCGACCUGCUUUUGUCACUUCUGCUGCUGGCGGCGAUGGCCUUCUCCAUUUUUAGAGGCUUUGUGGUGUUGGACUGUCCUUUUGAUGUCUGUUUCACCUACACGUAUCAGUAUGAGCCCUACCUCAAAGACCCAGUGGGCUUUCCCAGGGUGAUGAUGCUGGUAUAUUUGUUCUAUGCUCUGCCCCUGUUGACCGUCUUUCUCUAUGGUCUAACAAUGCCUGGAUGCAGCUGGAUGCUGGACUGGUCCCUCUUCUUUGCUGGGGCUGUUGCCCAGACCCAGUGGUGCCAUAUGGGGGCAUCUCUGCACUCCCGCACUCCCUUCACAUAUCGAGCCCCGGCAGACAAAUGGUGGCCCGUCAUCACCCUCAAUGUGCUGUUUGCUGCUGUGCCUGCUCUGCUGGCGCUACGCUGCCACAUCAGCCCCGCUUAUUUUAUGAAAUCUGUUCCUAAGGGCCAGGCGAACAGUGAGAAGAAGACAAACUAGAUCACACACCAGAAUGUGGGUUGUCAAGGAAUCCAUCCAUUUGUAACAAAGCAAAUAUUUUGGGGCACUCUCUGGUGCACAAACUGCAUUAAACUCAUUUUCAGCUCAGAAAUCUAGAGGAAAUCUUGAAGUGUUGCUUUCUCAGUUGCACAACACUCCCUGCAUGGACUAUUGUACCGUGAUAAGACGGCUGGUGGUUAAGUUGAGAACUGUGAUGAGCUCUUGCAGCUUUCAAAGUGACUCAUGCAGAUCUUUUCAAACUGAGACUGUCAGGUUGCAUCAUAAAGAUCAGCAAUACUCUGCUGUAGAAUCCCAGUAGUGAUCAGUCUGUAGGAAACACUAAAACUCAGAGUCAAUCCCAACAUCAGCAUGAAGCUGACAGGGUGAGGAAACACUUCCACAGCUUCGACACGAUGAAUGCCAAAGAUUAACAGUCAAGCUGAAAUGAAUGAAUUAGUUGAACCACAGAAACGUAAUUGUGUAUCAUUCUGAUAAUCUAUUAAUUAUUUAAUUACUUUAGCAAAAAAAAAUUUAAAUGUUCUUUGGCUGCAACAUUUCAAAUGUGAGACUUUCCGGCUUUUUGGUCUUCUGCAUAUCACUGCAAAUUGAAUAUUAGGCCGGUUGUGGUUCAGACUAAAUGCAGUAGUAUUGUAAGAAAGUGAAAUGAUAUUUCAAAUGGUAGCACAAGCACCAAAUUUGGUUAAAAAUAUCCUGAAACAUUGCGCUUUUGAAAAAGCCCACAAGAUGGCAUUCUGACCUAUUAAAAUGCACAGAAUCCCACCAUGUGGACCAAUUUGGAUGAUCAUGGUGUCCAAAAGUCGGUUUUUGACCAUAAAGUAGUGCGUCCUGUACAGGCUGUGACUGAGGCCCGUUGGAUAUGUUGGUGUGAAGCAGAUGUGAGUGUUCCCCACAAUGAGAUGCCAGUAUAUUAUUGGUGACUUUUCCAUCCAAGGCUGGUUCCCAUUUACAGCUCACUGGACUGCAUUGAUGCAGAUGAAGUGUCUCAUCCAAGGACCUAGAUUGGUAAAAAGUUGAGAUGGGAUCACAAAUUUAACAGUUUGUUCAUUUAAUUGGGUAUCAAACCUAUGUCUACAUAUUGGUAGUUGUACUCCCAUAGACCCAUCUACUCUCCUGUCACCUGGUCCCAUGUGAAAACAUUAUUAUUAUUAUUAUUAUUAUUAUUAUGGCUAAAUUUGAU